GACGCAUGCUGUCAAUGGUUCUUUAUUGCGGACGAGCUGACGGCAAAGUUCGAGGAGACAGAUGGUCAGUGUAGUGAUCUGGCCAGGGCCGCGAUUCGUUUGGGAUUCCAUGAUGCUGGUACCUGGUCACAGUCCUUAGCCAACAAGGGUCAAGACUUCGGUGGGGCUGAUGGGUCGCUCGCCUUGUUCUUUGAAGAAGGUCGGGCGGAGAACGGUGGUCUUCAAGAGAUCACUGACUAUGCCAGGGAGCUCUACGCUAGGUAUGAUGUCGGCAUGGGAGACUUAAUCCAGUACAUGGCAGUCCAUGCCACUGUGACCUGCCCUCUAGGUCCUCGCGUUCGCGCUUAUGUUGGUCGAAUUGAUGCUGUUCAACCAGCCCCUGACAAUCUUCUACCAGAUGUGCAUGCUCCGGCUGACGACCUGCUCGCACUUUUUGCAGAUAAGACUAUCAGUGCCCAUGAUCUUGCUGCGCUUCUUGGUGCGCACUCGACUUCGAAGCAAUUUGGUGUGGAUAAGUCCAAAUCCGGUAUGCCCCAGGAUUCUACUCCUGGUGUGUGGGAUGUGAGCUUCUACAAUGAGACUGUACAAGAUAUCGGUGAGGACUGCGUCUUCAAAUUCCCGUCUGAUGUUGCUCUCGCUGCACAUCCUGCAGUGUCAGACGAGUGGAUGAUGUUUGCUGGAAAGCAAGAACAUUGGAAUGAGGAUUAUGCGAAGGCCUAUCUUCGUCUUUCUUUGCUUGGUGUGAACAACAUCAACGACCUUCAGGAGUGCUCAUACACUCUUCCAACAAAGAAGACGCGCGUCCCA